UUACGGAGAAAAUAUGGCCACUUGAAAAGCUUAAAUUUUUGCUUUGUCUCUUUUACAGAGAAACCGAAAUUGAAAAUAAAAAAUUUAGCUAGAAAAUCAAAGAUAUCUCAUUCAACGUAACUCAGACAACGAUUUAAAGGUUGUUAUUGCUAAGAAUCGAUAAUGUCACUCUAUCUAUAGAAGCCAAAGGAUUACCUUAAAAUAAUGCUAAAGUUUCUCACAAUUUGUCUCUCGCAUAUAUCGGCGUUAUUUUCAGAAACUGGAAAAAUGUCGAAGAUAAAACUAGACUAUAUAUGCAGACUAGCUACUGUAUCAGAUCUAGAUAAUAUUCUAGAAGUAUUCCAUAUCUACAACGAUGAUGAAGCACUUGCAAAGGCGAUUAACAUGAAUAUGAGAGGUUCGUCUGAAUUAAACCAAUCCAUCAUUGACCUAAUAGACACUGGCUGUGUUAUGGUGGCAAUUAAUUCUGACAACUCAGAAGUUUACGGAUUCAGUAUUUUCUAUGAAAAGAGCGGACUGGAUCCAUCAACGAUUAAGGGUAGUCUGCUGGAGACGGUGGAGGAGGACGCCGUCAAGACCUGCCAGGAGCUCGGUCUGGAGACUUUGGCUCCCAUAGUCAGUGUUUGCAACAUAUGCAUGGACGUGACCUCUAUAUGGCCGGAGAAAUUUGUUUAUUUAGAGGCUAUAGGGGUGAAACCACAGUACAGGAGUUGCAGAAUAUGAAGCUUGUUGAUGAAACUGUGGUAUUGAGAGCAGUUGCAACAUCAAUAGGUACUGAAAAAGCACUGAGAAGGUUGGGUUGGGUUGAGUUGGGAUCUCUCCAGGUCUCUGACUUCACCUUCAAGGGAGUUAAAUCCUUCGCUAACCUUGACCUGGAGAUUAAGUCCUUCAAGAAGACAUUGCAAGCAUAGAUCACACAUAGAUCAAGCAUAGAUCAAUCAUAGAUCAAGCAUAGAGCAACUAUAUAGAUCAAUUAAAGAUAGAGCGAACAUUGAUUAACUAUCAUUCCAAGACAGUUCCAAUUCAAGUCGUGUCCAAUGUCUGAAGAACUGAUAUAGGGUUACCCACACAGGAUCAGACUUUAAAGACGAUCUUCAAAAAACAAAAUAAUUUUUGAAAUUAUUUGGAAAAGAAAGAAAUAAGUUAAAUGCUAUUGGGAACCAUUAAUGUAAGAAAAAAAUUAAAUAAAUUCCGUAUAGUCGUCUGCGAAGUCUCAUCUUCUAUGAGUGACCCUACAGCUUGCACCUUUGUAAAGUCUGUGUGCGCAUAUUGCCGCGUCUGAAUCUUGUACCUCGAGACAGAAAAUGCAUUUGUUUGUUUGGAAUUUAAUUUUGAAGAAUAAAAAUAACUUUGUAAACUGAUUGCGCAUAGUUUAAAGACAGUACGUUGUAUAAUACACUAAUCUAAUAUUUUUCUUAACAACAUGGUACAAUUACAAUGUAUUUUGAAAUGGCAAUGGCAUUAAUGUAAUUUUCUAAAUAAAUUAUUUCAACUUUA